AAAAUUCUUAGUCAUGAAGGCUUUCGGGCGUGUGCGGAUUCCAUAUAUAAUUUUGCAGCAUAUGGGAUGGGACUGACAGUAUAUAAACAGCAAUAGUAUUUCCAACUAAAUCAUUCACAAUUUCACCCUUAUUUCGGAAGGUUUUGUGGUGGACUGGUAACUGGUAAUGCUUUCUGUUAUUCAAGGAUCUGUUUUCUUGAAAUCACCAAAUGAAUCUACCGUUUUCUACUUCCUCUUUAUUAACUGAUACCUCAGGAUUUCGCGAUUCUGCAUUUUUUAAUUUAAAUUUUCAAUAUAGUAUGGCAGACAUGUUAGUGCAUGUUUUGAUUUUGGUUUUUGUGAGAGUCACCUAGAAGUAUAUUUUUUAUUUUGAUAUCUUUGAAUGUUGUCUUAAUAUUGUUUCUAUGAUAGAUUCUAGCUUUAAACGUGAUUUUUUAUUGGACAUGAAUUUAUCCAAUGACGACUCAUUUUAUAUGCACAACUAAUUUUUAAUCAAAAUCUAUUUUACAAAAUCAACUCAUUCAAAAUUAAUUUUUGCUACGGUACUGUGUCUUUAGUUAUGUGGUGGAAAAAAUUGAUUAAAGGUAAAAGCGGGUCGAAUGUAAAGUGUUUUUUGUUUGAAUAUAUUUACAUAAAAGUGAUUUGAAAAAUAAAUUGGAGUAUAAAAAUCAUGAUUUGAAUUAAAAGUUACAAAUCCUAGUUUCAAUUAAGUUAGAAUCUGUGCUAUAGGGAAAAUCAAUUUCACUGGAGGGCAUCCAAACAUGUCAAAAUCAACUAUAUACAUUUGGAAUUGAUUUUGAAGCAUUCAAAAUUGAACCCAACAUAAAACUUCAUUUGUUGUCUUCUUUCUGAGUUUUAUCUGCAUAUCUUGAAAAAAUGAUCCAUAUAGUCUUUACUUCAGUUUAAAAAAUAAAUAAAUCUUGUUUUUCAUUGCACAUUAAGAUUGCUUUGCACCUUGAAGGCUGAUUUGUGAUUAUUUUAGUUCAACAACAAGGCAGAGUAGCAUGGCAGAAACGACUAUAAUAGGUCGAACUAGAAGUGAUGCAUCAGUAGCAGGCGCAGCGGAGACACUUCGUGCUCAACAGCAACUUCUGCAGAAGCUGUACGCAGAGUUGGAUAAUGAAAGGGAAUCCUCAGCCACAGCAGCCAGAGAAGCAAUGGAUAUGAUACUGCGUUUACAAGGAGAGAAGGCUGCAGUUGAGAUGGAGGCAAGUCAGUUCAAGAGAAUGGCAGAAGGGAAGAUGGGCCACGCGGAAGCCAUCAUCGAAGCUUUCGAAGAACUUUUGUAUGACAAGGAAAUGGAAACAGCAUCUCUGAAGUUUCAAUUGCAGGCUUACAAAGACAAACUUGUGAGCUUCGGGUGUGUUCUCAAUGCAAGUGAGUUUCAGAAUGCAAACUCAAAUUCAAGUGAUGAAAGUAGUGGCACGGUUAUGAGAAGGCUGCAAUCAUUGCCGCCUAUUCCGUUUAAAAAGAUUAUGACCUUGAGAGAGAGUGUUACUCAGAAGAUGGAAAGAUCACCUAGUCUGGCUCCGGUUUCGGGUGACAAGGAACCUAGCUUGGUGUUUGGCAGUGGAACUAUUGAUUCAUACUGGAACAAGAUAAAGAUGUUACAUGAACAAGUGAAAGUGAUUUCAGAUUGUUAUAAUAACAAAGGAACAAACUUGAGAAGUAGAGGAGGGAGGUCAAGUUCAACAUUUUCACAAGCUACCAGUAAGAUAACCUGUGAGUGUGACCAAGAACACAGAUUGGACACUACCAAAUACAAUGAAGUAGCAAGUCACGGUGAAAGUGUGUGCGACAAUACAGCACUUGCCGAUCAUCGUUGCUGGACUAAGGUCCUGGAUGUAUUUGAAGUCCCACAAGCCAUAAAAAAGCACGAAGUCAGUGAUAAUGAAGGGAGAAAAAGGCUUGAGAAAUGGAAUACUGUGACAGAUAAUAGAUUAACAAAAUCAGAAUCUGUGUCUGAGGAAGUGGUUGAAUCGCCUUUUAAAUUUAUCGCUGACAAGAAAAAGGGCACAGUGAGUUUCGUUGGCCAGCAGAAAGAAAGGAUGGGUGUGGAUUGUAAUUCUCAAGCUGAAGUUCGUCAGAGAAUCGCGAGGUUUCAGAGGCAGAAAAUUAGUAGAAGGACUCAUGAGACUACCCAUGGUGUUGAAUUAGGUGAUGGUGAUGAACAGUUGAGGCUGUUGAAGGACAUACAAAUUAACCUGAAAUUAAUACAGACAGAAAUGAAAAGCUGGAAAACAAAAAAUGCAACUCCUGUGGAUAAUGCAGUGUCUUUUGAUAUUCUCAAAGAGGCAAUGUUGCACUUUUGGAUUUGAUCAAGUAACUGCAGAGUGACCAUCUUAGGUGACCAAUCAAAUUCUGUGUCAUAUGUUGUAUACAUAUACAUAUGCUGUCUCUACACACAGAUCUAGGUCGGGUAUAUUGUAUCUUCUAAUUUAAUUGUAGUCACUGAAAAAUGUAGACAUUUCCAUACCAACUUGCUGUACAUCAGACACUAGUAUGGAAGCAAAUUGAAACCUUUUGUAGGUAUAAUAAAAUUUCCUGUUUUACUUGUUUUGAAAUGGAAGCAAA